UUCUCUCAGCGCACGGCUCCCUGUCCGAUUUGAACCAAGUGUUCGGACUUCUUUACGACUUCAAAAGCAAAUAAAAGUUUGCAGAAGGUAUAAAGGAGCCUCCCUCCCCUGGUCCAGAGGCUGUGCAGCGAGGUGUCUAACAUCGUCCAGUGCCGUCCACGUGAGAAGAGAAACAAGGGGACACGUCAGGGGUGCAAAGAGUUUCCCACGGAGCAAUGGCCUCCACCAGACAGGAGGUCGAGGAUGAAAGACUACAACACCUUAAACAAGAGGACUGUGAAUGGGGCACACCGGAGGAUGUGUGUGUGAAACGGGAGGAUUGCGAAGGACGAAUUUCAGAUUUUAAAGAGGAACAGCCAAAGGGGGAGUGUGUUGAGAUGAAAGUCGAGGAGUUUGAAGGUUUGUCCCUUGGUUUAGAACUGCAAAAGCACAAAAGGGGGAACAUUUUCAAGUUAGAUAUUUGCGAAGAAUCUCAUUCUGCUUUACAGCCCUGGUCCAGUAAUGCAGGACAACUGGCUCACCACCAGAACCCUAUGGAGCUGAAAUCUGAGAUUUUGGAGUCAGAAGAGAAAAUUAUUGAAGGAAACCGAAGAGAAGAAGAAGAAGAGCAGAAGUCACCGGAGAGUGUUGGUAUAAAUUUCCAGGAGAACAGCAGCCUCUCCCCAACUUCAUUUGCUGAGACAUCUCUUCAGUGCAGACUGAAGAACAAACAGGACAAGGGAAAGAUGAAGAAAUCAACAAGAGGAUCGGAGCGUUUGAUAGCAGCCUCUUUCCAGUGUAGUUCUCUUACUGGUGAAAAACUAACAAAAACAGAAGCCAUUCACCCUGAUGAACAAACAGUGCAUAAUACUGAUCUAGAGGCCGUGUAUGCCAGCGGAAGAACAUUUAAGAAUAAAUCGGACUGUAAAGAUAAGUCAGUUCAUACAAGUCAGAAGCCAUAUGCCUGUUCUGAAUGUGGCAAACUAUUUCUGCAUAUAAACAGCUUAUAUAGGCAUAAAAGAAUUCACAAUGGAGAAACCCCCCCUUGCUGUCCAGAGUGUGGCAAGAAAUUCCGUCGUAACAAUGCUCUUCAGUGGCACUUAUGUCUUCACAGUGGAGAGAAGCCAUACAGCUGUGUCGAAUGUGGUAAAAGGUUUUCUCAUAAAAGGAGUCUUCAAAAUCAUACAAAAAUUCACACUGGAGACAAACCUUACUGCUGUUCUGAAUGCGGCAAAGGAUUCUCACUUUUAGGUAACUUUCAUAACCACUUAAGAAUUCACAGUGGAGAGAAGCCUUACUGUUGUAGUGAAUGUGGCAAACGAUUCACACAAAGAAGCACCCUACGGAGGCACAGACGAAUUCACACCGGAGAAAAGCCAUAUAGCUGUACGGAAUGUGGCAAACAAUUCUCUAACAGUAGCCAUCUUCAGAGGCACACACAAAUUCACACUGGAGAAAAGCCAUAAAACUGUUUGUGUUGUAGCAAAGGAUUAUCUCACCACGGCUCUUUUCGGAAGCACAAACAAAUGUUCAUAGGGGAGAGAAGUUGUAUUGCUCUUCUGAAUAUGGUAAAUGAUUUUCCACUUGGCAUUAGCUGGCAACUAUAGACCUCACAUAAAGCUGUACUAAACAUUGUGGAGUCAACUCACCACAGCAAACACCUGACUUUUGCACACAACUUUUGCAUUAAUUCUCCAAUUACCAGAUGCAUUUCCUUUUUGUGUUAUUAUAGACCAGGUAACAACACACUGCACGAUUACAUGCAGUGAAUACACUUGACUUGAGUAUUCCUAGUUUCCAUCCUCUUUCUCUGUACGUUUUACCAUUCGUUUGCUCAGAGGAUGAUGCUCUUGCUGUUUCCCAAGCAGCUCUUCUUUUCUCCACCUAGCAGCCCGCUGCUUCUCUUCUUCCGUCGGCAUCUUUUUGCAUUGAA